CCUUAGACGAUACUGUACACCGCAAUACGAUGCAGGGUGAAAUUUGUCGUGCUCACUCACUCUGGCCUGACAGGCCUUGAUUAACGAUGAAGAUGGCGACAGGCCUCGAGUUCAGCGAAGAAGAAGAUUUGCUCGCCGAUGAGACUAUCGAGGAGCGGGAUCCUAAUUUAGUGGAGGAGAGAUUUCGCGUAGACCGACGUAAACUUGAGCAAAUGCUUCAAGCUGCAGUAGCAGGAUGUGGACAAACAGGCGAGGAGUUCUUCCAGAAGAUUAUGGAAGAAACGGCAACCACGAUAACAUGGCCAUCGAAACUCAAGAUCGGAGCGAAAUCAAAGAAAGAUCCCCAUAUUAAGGUAGCUGGCUUGCCAGACUCUGUACGACAAGCAAAAGAGAAAGUCAUGGCAGUCUUAGAUACAAAGUCAAACAGGGUGACUCUUAAAAUGGAUGUCUCUCAUACUGAUCACUCCCAUAUUAUUGGAAAAGGAGGAGGGAAUAUUAAGCGAGUUAUGCAAGACACUGGAUGUCACAUUCAUUUUCCUGACUCAAACAGAGGAGCUACCAAUGAAAAGAGUAAUCAAGUGUCUAUUGCUGGCCAACCUUUGGGCGUGGAAAGUGCAAGACAGCAAAUCCGGGAUUUACUGCCUUUGGUUCUGACAUUUGAUUUACCCUUGAGUGGUAGACUACCAACAGAUGCCAAUUCACCAACUAUCCAGCAUAUAGCCCAAACCUGCAAUGUCUCAAUUUCUUUCAAACAGAGACCUAGAGUGGGAAAUCAAACAGCAAUUAUAAGAGGAUUACAGCAGCAUAUUAGUGGCAUAAAGGAUGCUAUUGCCCAUCUUGUUGGACACUUAACUGCAAAAAUAGCUUCUUCAGUUCCAGUGAACAUGCAGAUAGAUAUUGCACCUCAGCAUCACUUAUUUAUAAUUGGAAGAAAUGGUAUUAACAUCAAGCAAAUCAUGCAAAGGACAGGAGCAAAUAUUUUAUUUCCUGAUCCCAAUGGCACACAAAGGAAAGGCACCGUAUUUCUUACUGGAACAGUUGAUGCCGUCAUUGAAGCAAGAUCCCAGCUUAUCGAUUGUCUGCCCCUGAUAUUGAUGUUUGAUUUGAGAGAGGAAGAUGGAGAUCCAGAUAUACCAAAUUUGAAUAAGAUAAUGGAGGCAUAUGAUGUGUUUGUCAGUGUAAAACCAAAACCCAAGCAGCCAAGCAAGUCUGUGAUUGUGAAGAGUGCAGAAAAAAAUGUUGCAAGGAUGUACAUUGCAAGACAAGAAAUUCUAGGACUGGAUGGUAAUGAAAAUCUUGCAGUGUCAUCAACAAUCUCAACAUCAAGCUCAGUUGAUCACGGCAUCUCAUCCUCAGACAAUAUGUCAAGAAAUUACUUCAGUAAGCUCAGCCUCAGCUCAUCACCCCCUGGUUAUGUGUAUGGCCACAUGAAUGGACACACAAGUCCCAUGUUGAGUCCUGUUGAUCCAGCAUCCAACAACCCACAUCCAUGGUUUACCUCAACCAUGGCUCCAACAUCGCCCACAAUCUCGAAUAUAAUUGGUGGUUUAGUGGCCCCACCAAUUAAUCCUCUUAUGAACCGCUCAACAACGUAUCCAAGCAAUCCUCCACCUCCCCCUGGCCUUGGUCCACCAGUGACAAUGGCUUCUAUGCAUAACAAUGUUCCGGGUGGUUAUGUUAUAAAUUAUUCUGGAUCUAUGCCUAGCUCAGAUGGUUACAUUGGCGGCAUGAGUAUAGGUGCAGAACAAAGUCAUAAAUCACAGGAUCACCUGAGUCGAAGAGCUAUUAGUCCCCAGGGACAAAGAACACCAAGCCCUGAAGACAGACAGAGUCUAAGUGGCAGUCCUAUGAGACGAAGCUCAUCUGGAAGUUUGAGUCCUAGAAGUCCUACGUGCACAAGCCCAAUGACAUUUGAGGAUGAUGCCAAUCAUAACAGCGUGGCCAGCGGAAAUGACCUGACUGACUCUAUCCCAUAUCACGACGCUAAGACGCACGGCAGCAAUGAUGGAACCCUAAACCCAGUUGGAUCCUCUGCCACCCAUGGUCCUAAAAGACAAAGUGUUCAAAUAUUGUCUGGUGCUAAAAAUGUUAGUCUUCGUAAUAGUACCUCAAGUCUUAAUUCAGAUCCCAGUGAACCAGAUGACAGCCUUAGUUCGUCUUUGUCGCUCUUGCAGAAACUUCUACCAAAUACCCCGGCUCAACCGGCUGAUAUUUACGACCAUAUGAAGUCCAUGGCGACUGUUGCCAUGCAAAAGAAAGUAGUUGUGAAUGAAGUGAGGAUACCAACAAGCACCUGGAGCGGUCUCGGAUUCUCCAAAUCAAUGCCGGAAUCAGCAAUUAAAGAAUUACUGGAUUUCAGGGCCCAUAGCAAAGGGAAUCUUUUACCUUAUAAUGGAUCAAUCAAUGGAAGUUUUGAAUCUACCGAUACAUCCUCUCUGUUCAGCUCAGGUCCCAGAGAAUCGCGGAAUAGAAGUGGAUUUGAGUCUACGCUUAGACCAGAACGCCUUGACGAAGAAGAAUUACCUGCUGAGUGUAACAGACCAGGAACCAUCGGCUCAAGGCGGAAUAGCUGUUCAUCCACAUCUUCUUCAACGUGUUCAGAUCUUCGGGAUCUGUUCGAGAAAGUUGGUCUGGAAAAGUAUCUGUUAACCUUUCAAGAACAAGAGGUGGACUUGCCGACGUUCCUGACUUUGACAGACGACGACCUCAAGGAACUGGGAAUAACUGCUUUUGGCGCACGAAAGAAAAUGCUUCUGACAAUUCAGGACCUGAAAAAGAAACCCAGCCAUGAAAUAAAGCAACCGAGUUCAGGCUCAACAGACCGUGCCGGACCAUCGGGGAGCCUAUUUUCAGACAACGAUUUUGGACCUCUCCCGUUCUACAGACGUCAUCAGAUUGGAAUAGCAAGUAAAAGUGGGAAAUGGUGACUUCCUUGAAAACUUACUUCACCUAUUUUAUGUACUGUAAGUAACUGAUAACAGAGUUGCCAUGACUUACGUGUUUCUUGCUUAUGGUUUCUCCGGCAACUUUUCACGACUCCGCAUCUUAAAGAAAGUUGCCCAAAAGUCGCGCUUAGUGAUGAUAACUUAAGAAUUAUCGUGCUUUUUUGUCGGCGUGUUCUCAAAACUGGAACUUACUUGGUUUAGUUAGUCGAAGGCCGCUUUAGAUAUAAGGGUGUGCUAGUUCUGACUUAACGGGAGAAAUUAUAAUGAGAUUGUCGUUUAUCAACUCGAUGUGCGCAGAGGAAACCCAUGUGCUAUCAGAGGAAACCCAUUCAAUUAUAUUAAACAACAACGUGUAAAUGAUUUUGGUUGGGUCGCUAACGUCCAACUGGUCCAGAGAUUGUAAAUAAUACACGUUAAUGCCGAAAGCGCAUUCUGCAUCAUUUUAUUGUCUAAUUUAUAGUUUAUGUGCAGGUUAAGUUAAUCAUACACAGGGGAGUGAACUUCACACAUUUCUCCCACUUCAUUUUUAUUGGGAAUGUUGCUGAUUAUUGCCACUAUCGCGUAAACGACUUUUCUACAAUAUUUACUCAAAGAAAACUUAAAAGGAAUGUAUCUGAUUAAAGGACUAACAUUGUUUCGGAAACUGUUUACAGUAGGAAAGGUGUUUGGCAGGUUUGUCUCUAAGCAUCACCGGCAAAGAAUGUCGACAAGUUGAGAAAUAAAUUACGCCUUUUUAAUAGUUGGGGACGGGGGGAAGGAUCAACAAUUAGUCAGGCCGAGGGUGUAAGAGAAGUUUCGCAGGAAAGAAAAUUAAAGAGAAAAUUAAAGGUACAGCGAAAUCCCUCGAAGAAACAUUAAUAUUUUUUCCUGUGUUGUUUUCUAAGUUCACUCUUCUGUCUGUUAAGGUUACCUAAUUAAUAUUAUACAAAGUUUGGUAGAUAUACGCAAAAGAAAGGAGAGGUUUUAAAUUUAUUGGGAACAAGAUAUAACUUAAGGAGCUUCAGACAUAAGUCAGAUGCAUAUUAAUUUUAUAGAAAUUUUAUACUCAUAAGAAGCGAAUUCCUACCUUGGGUUUUUAAACAUCCUUAUCUCGAAAGUGCAACAAUUUGAACACCUAUUUAUACAUGUGUUUUAACAUGUUUUCCAAACUUUGAAACACACAAUUCAUGAAUUUGACGAGGACAGAGAAACUGUUGCAAGAACACAGUCUAUUGAAAUUCACUUGUCAACUGCAUAACACUUAUACACUCAUUAUGCAUUGCGUGACACAUAACAUGUGCAUCCUUCGAAAGUCGAGGGGCAUUGCAUUUUCAUGGUAGUUAACAUUUACUAAGAGAGCAUCAGUCCUACAACGGCUGUAACUGUUUGAUUUCUCUUUUAUUUUUCAAUUCAAAACUACUGUCGACAGAAGCGACUAAGUUUCACUAUUGCAGGCGAAGAAUUGGUUGAAUUUGCCGUAAAAUCACCACUCUGGUAUAGCGGGUUAGAUUCAUUUUUUACGGUUCAAAAUACAGGCAAGGACCGUUUUCGUGUGAAAAUUCCUGGAGAGGGUAUGUCUUUGUAUUGUAUAAUUCAUGUUCCGGCGUGGUACACAACAGUUGUGAACAAGCUACAGUUUUCUUUUUAAGAGUCAUAUCGCGUUGUGACAUUUUUAACUAGUGUGAGAGAUGUAAGACAAACAAGUUAAAAGGUGUGACGUCGCUUACUGUAUGCAAUAUCAACUCGUCUUAGCCCUCCAUGGAUUUUGUUCCCGACUCUUUGGCAGUCAACGCUUGAGGCGUGGUCUGAGCAAAAUACAUUUCGCGAAAAGCUCAUUCAAGUGUUCAACAAACAACCGUGAAAUGUGUUACAAAUUCAAAAGAGAAAAUGAUAAAAAUUUAUAUAAAACAUAUACAGAGACAAGGUGGCAAUUACUGAAAGCACAAAUUUGCUGUGGUCACACGUUACGGAAAAAAACACAAAAGUAAUUUUAAAGGGUUAGUAAAGAUUGUCAACUUCUUAACGUAUUGGAUUGAUUUACAGACUUGCAUGUUUAAACUAGUGCAUGUAAAUGAAUUGUAUUUAACAUUAGUGGUGAAGCAAAGCUUUACUUCUCGUAGAAUGUUGGAAGUUUGCUCAAGGACGCCUUGCUGUGUGUUUAAGACUUUAGAAUAUGGAACGAGGUCAUUCUCAAAAAAAAAAAAGAAAAAAAAAAAAGAAAGAAAAAAAAAAGAAUUGGACAAUUACCGGAGAUCUGAACAAGCGUGCAUGUAUGUACGAAAAUGUAUAUCGGUAGUCAUUGGGCGUUUCCGAAAACUGAUGGGAAAUUUCCGGAGAGGAGUGCCAUGCUCACCACUAAUAAGAAGCCUAAGCAUAGACGUUUAUGAGACGCGAAAAGCAGCCAGAAGUUAAAGAUUAUUGCCCUGGCUUGACUCGCAACAGAUCUUUUUAAGGCUUUGCAGUGGGUUCCUUGAUGUCGAAACGAAAGGGAAGAAGUUACUUCCGGGCGACGUAACCGUCUCAUAAACGUCCGUGUUCAUUUUUUUUUUUGUAACGAUAUCAAGUGAUUACCGACUAGAAUCGAGUUUGAUUUACCGCAGAUUACUCAGGACAAGCUUUCUAUCUGGCCAUUGUAGAAUAUACAUGUACUAGUUGUGCAACAGAAGCUUUUCAUAGAAAGUAUUACAUUUGUGUUGGUUUGUUUUUUUAUUCAAGGUCCCGUUUGUCGAAAGUCCCGGUAACUUAACGGGCCCAAGGCCACGUUUUAAAUCAACAUUUAAAGGAUAGCAAAGCAGGUUCUGGCACCCAAACCAGUCCUUUUGGUCCCUUUAGCUGAUAGUUUUAUUGUACCAUUUUCAAAACUUUUGACAUCCCCAUUUUGAAUGAAAACAGAACAGCUUUAUGGGUCCGUUAAGUUACCGAGACUUUCGGGAAAUGGGCCCCUGGCGAGGUGCCUUCAGUUUAUUUUUGAAAGAGAUUUUAUUUUAAUUAUCCGUUUGCGCUCAAAUCAGUGUAAGGUAUAAAAUUACACACACAACUGAAUUUAUACUUUUUAAUGAUUGCACUUCUUUCAACAACUAACCCAUUCAGCCCUAUGAUUAUUAAACCAUUUAUUAAACCGUGAUUCGCAACAUCUGUUUCUUAAUUAUAUAUUGCUCUAACAAAGAGAUAAUAUUGAAGAUGAUCAACGAUGGGGCUGAAAGGGUUAAAAACUGGAAUUGUGCUCACUGCGCCCUAUUGUAGAGGGCAAACUAUUUUUAUUUCACGGCCAAACCAUUUCAAUGAACGUGCAAUGGUAAUUUAAAAGCUACGUUUGAUGGUGCAAAAACAACGUAGUUCUGGAACAGAAUAAAUAUUUUUGAAACGUAAA